AUGGGCAUCUCUGCAAUUGCAUGGCUCUUGGUAGUCAGCCAGCCCCUGCUGAGUGGAGCACUGCCGACACCAUCACCACCUGGAAUCCCAUCCACUUCGACAGCAACCAGUGAGCUUGCAGGCUUGACGGUUGCCGCACAGGGGUCGCAGGAUGGAUACAGUCGGACUUUAUUUCCGCACUGGAUCACUCAAAGCGGCUGCAACACACGGGAGGUCAUCCUAGCGCGGGAUGGAACCAACGUGGUUCAAAGCUCCAGUUGUGCGGCCACUAGUGGAUCCUGGUAUUCUCCGUACGACGGUGCCACUUGGUCAGCUGCAAGUGAUGUUGAUAUCGAUCAUCUUGUUCCCUUGUCGAAUGCAUGGAAGUCAGGUGCAGCCAGUUGGACAACAGCAGAUCGUCGCGCCUUUGCCAAUGACCUUACCAAUCCCCAGCUUCUUGCCGUCACCGACAGCGUGAACUCGUCGAAGGGGGACAAAGGCCCAGAAGAUUGGAAGCCUCCUCUGGCCUCGUAUCAUUGCACAUAUGCGAAGAUGUGGGUGAAGGUCAAGUCCGUCUAUAAACUUACUGUAACUUCAAAAGAGAAGGCUGCUCUGGUUGAGAUGCUGGACACCUGCUGA